AUGAAUUCAUUCAAGUUGUUAAAAGAACUCAAACAUCCUGCAAUUUUAAAAAUGCAUAGACGAAACAUUUAUACGGAAAUAACAAAGGUUGAUCAAUAUUUACAAAAAGUUAAUUCUGAUAAUUUAGUGGUUGCUCAGUUUGGGGCUUCAUGGUGUGCACCAUGUAAAAAAUUGAAGCCAAUUAUUAAAAAGCUCGGAGAAGAAAAAGAAAAUAUCGAAUUUUUAUAUAUAGACAUUGAUGAACUUCCGGAACUGGGCGAAAAUGAAGACAUAAGCGAGCUUCCCACUGUUUUGUUCAGAAAAAAGGGAAAAUAUUUGGAUAAAAUAGUUGGAAUGAAUGAAAAUGAAUUAGUAAAAUGUAUUAAGAAGCAUCAAAGCGACUAA